AUGCAUCGCGACUCGAGCGCGGGUCGGGCGGCGCCGAUUGCUUCAUUGCGCCGAGGUGAUGCGGGAAUUGGCUGGGAAACGACUGCGAGUUUUCGGGCGCUACUAUCUCGUGCGCGCGAGCUGGAGAAGGCGCAGAAGGAGCGCCAGGAGCAGCAGGAGCGCGCGGAGCGAGAGCGCGAGCGCCAAGAGCGCGAGAAGAAGCAACAACAACAACAGCAGCAACAACAGCAACAGCAACAACAGCAGCAGCAGCAACAGCAACGUGAGCGCGAGCGCAUGGAGCAGCAGCGGCUGGAGGAGCAGAAGCGCGCGGCCGAGCAGGCGGUGCAGAAGCACUUCGAGGAGUCGCUCCGCCUCGCGCAGCACCCCAAGUUGGAGGAACAUCUCUGGCAGGCGUAUCAACGUAAUACCAGCAAUUGCUGGAGCCUCAUUCACCCACGGCCACCAGCCUGUGGACCCAGUCAUGAUGAGGAACAGCGGAAAAGGGCGGAUCAGGAGGCCGCCGCAGCCGCUCACCAGCAACGAUUGCUUUCUGAACGCAUGCGGCAAGAGAGCCGGGAGCGGCAACCUUCCUAUUAUCCUCCUACAGUUCCACGCUCUUCAAAUACCGCAAAAAGUGAAUAUCCACCUCCUGCUCAUAGUAGAAUCAGUAGUAUAAAAACUGAGAAACCACCUUCUGGGCACACUGCUUUACCCAAAGCAGAACCAAAUUUGAAUUUGUUUAACUAUCAUCCAGCAUAUCAACAACCUGCUUUCCUACCACAUGACACAAAAGUCAAGGCAGAACCAAAAAAUUCUUUGUCUUCUCUUGCUGGUGGUAAAGGCUCUGGUGCUACUUUAAUGAUGGAAAGGGAAAGGGAGAUGAUGUUGCCAAAUCCACCUCCACUAAUGAAUGACAUUAAAAACUCUGUUAUUGUUAAAAAUGAGGGUAAAAGUCCUCAUCAUAGUGAAACUUCAAAGGUGCCCCCAUCACAUUCCUCGAGCCCAAAAUUGAGAGUGACAGACAUGAUAUCUUCUCAGCCUCAUUAUCUCUCUCCUUCAUUGCAACAACAUAAACCACCUACUGGUGUCUAUGAAUAUCGAAGUCCAACACAUUCGCCUCAUCAUUUGGCCCCACGCCACACUCCUAGUCCACACCAUAGCAUAGGAAUUGAACCUCAAAAUUUGGCAAGUGUGGGGAAAGUUCACAGUAGACCACAGAGUCAGCAGUCAAGUCCGCACAAUCAUCCUCAUCGACAGUCACCGCAUCAGCACGUUCUUAUUCAGCAGACGCAACAUCCAUCGCCACCAGAGCAGAGGUACACAGCGGCAAGCAAUCCUGCCUCUCAUGCUUAUGGGUUACCUAAAGCGAAUAUGGCUCCAUACCCGUAUCCACCUACUGGAUUAGUUGCAUCGGGAUCACAUUACUCCUUAACACCACAAAGCAGUGCCAGUACUGGCUCCAAACCCAAAGUGGUGAGCAGCCCUGCUCCACCUCACAUUUAUGGGAAGCCUGGUUUGUCAUCUGGAAUGUCGCCAGGAAUCACUUCAGGGACUCCAGUAUGUCGUCCUCCUGAUACCAAUGUGAAUUCUCCACUGCCACUUACUUCAAAGGCUCCUCUUCCAUCAUCUGUCUCGCCGUCGCCUUACCAACAAAUGUCACACCACCAUCCACCACCUCAGCAGGCACCUCCCGGUCCUGCACCACCUCCUGCUCAUAGUAGUAGAACAAGUAUGGAUCAUAGGAUCAUGUAUGAUUCCAGACAGUACCCUGGUGCUAGUCUUGGUAUGCCUGGAGGUCCUAUUAGUAAACCACCACCUCACAAUCAGGGUUCUUCUCCUCCGUCUGCUGCAGCUGCUCCCAUGCCACCUGCUUCACGGUCUUCACCAUUGCAAAUUCAUCAUUCCCACCAGGUGCAUCCAGCAAGCAUAGCAAGUAUGUAUCAAACACAGACUCAACCAUUGGAUUUGGGAGUGUCUUCAGAACGCAACAGAGACGAGAUGACUGGUUCACCAAAACGCAAAGGAAUGCCAAUGCAACAUAGUCCUGUUGGAACUCCGCUUAUGGAUGUAAAUAAGAAGCGUCGCUGUGAUCCAGCUUUGGGUGUGGCUACUCCUCCACACUCUUUGCAACCUGCUCAGAGCAUACAAACUCUAUCUCAGCCCAUGUUAGCUCGUGUAAGUGAACCUAGCCCGCUCAUAGCUAGUGCAGCGACAACAAUUACCACAGUGGUUAAUACUGCUGCGUAUUGCACGCAAGCUAUGACAAUGGUUGUGUCUGUUCCUUCUGAAACAACAAUGGCAACAACCUUAUCAAGUAGCCCUCAUCCUGUGCCAAUUCGAACUGGUUCAGGUGAUGGAUCAAGACCUGCCAGUACAGGAAGUGUAUCAGCUCUGACUCCAGCUCAUACGCCAACACCUGCACCAUCCUUGUUCCCACCGACUGGUAGUACCGUGCCAUCUCAACGCAGUAGUCCAGUUUCUCUUGCUCCUCCUGCAAACUGCAGCAGUCCAAACUUGCCUCAGCAGCAAAGCCCCCAGAUGCAGCAGCAGCAACUACAACAGACUCCUACGCUACAACAGCAGCAGCAACCUCCACCUUCACAACAGCCUCCAGCUCAGUCAACUCCUCAGCAACAACCAGCUAAUAAUACACCAGCUACUCCUGCCAAACCAGCACCACCAAGUAGUGCUGAUUCUGAAAAAUCUAACAGUCCAGGACCUGCAAGACCUACCACUGGUUCUAGUUAUCCUGUUCAUAAAUUGAAGAAGGCAUGGUUACAGAGGCAUUCUGGAGAAGAUGGAGUGUCCAAUGCAGGUGGAGUUGGCACUGGAAGCUGUGUUUCUCUUCCUAUUUUAUCUAGCACGUCUAAUAAUGUGCCUAGCAGCAACAACAGUACAAUUACAAGCAAUAAAGAGUGUGGUGGUAGCAGUAAUAAUAAUACUGUAUCCUCCUUUGCUAAUGUAGGAUCUACAGCUGUUGCGAGCAUUCCAAAAGGAAAACCUGGAGCUGGAAAAAAUAGGAAGCCAGGUAGUAAGGAUGUUACUGUUAAUGGUCAUGCAUCUGACAUCAAACCUUCUCUUGCGGAUGACUCGUCUAGCUCAGACAAUGAACUUGAACAGAAAUCGCCACCCAAAAGAAAACCUCCAAUUAAAAAGAAGAGAAAAGCUGUCAAAAAAGGUGGCGGAGAUGAGAAGAAAAAAAAGGUACCUCCAGCAGCUCCACCAAGUGACAGUGGUAGUGACUCUGAGAAAGAGAGUGGAAGUGAUAAGGAUUCAGAUAGUGGAGCAAGCACAAAUCAAAGUGGAGGUGGCAGAAAAACAGCGAAUGGAGGUAAUGGUGGUACUGGCAAUGGGGGUGGAAAUAGUGGGGGCAAUGCGGGAAAUAACAAGGAACCCAGAAAGCGUGGCCGAAGACCUAAGUCGUCAAAAAACGAGCGAGGUGAGGAGCCGCGGCAAAAAAAGUCUCGCGAUGAUCCGCCGGCUCCCCAACGUAACCCUUUUCGCAAGCCCCCGGUGAGUCAACUUAAAAAGACCGGGGAGAGUUUUUUGCAGGAUGGGCCUUGUCAUGAAGUGGCACCAAAAUUGGCCAAGUGUCGUGAGUGCCGCUGGACACCAAACCAGCGGUCACGGAACAUGCCCAAUAUUUUUUGCCGCUUUUAUGCAUUUCGGCGCCUGCGUUACACCAAAAAUGGCCAGUUAGCUAUUGCUGGAUUCUCAGACCCCCACAGAGAUGCCUCUGAGGAUGAUACAAAACUAUGGCUACCACAACCAGACACUCCCCCUGCAGAUUUGGAUGUACAAAUGUCACGAUUUCUUCUAAGCCAAGUGGGAGAUCAAUUUUGUGAUCUUCUCAAACAAGAGGAAGAAUCUGUAUCUAUACAUAUGUCAGAUGAUAAAACUGUUGCUUGGAAAAGAGUUGUCAAAGGAGUACGAGAAAUGUGUGAUGUUUGUGAAACAACUCUCUUCAAUUUUCAUUGGGCAUGUGGAAAAUGUGGAUUUGCUGUAUGCAUUGACUGCUAUAAAGGUCGUAAAAACGGGACAAUCAAGAUUUGGGGAGAAGCUGGAAAAGAUCGUGAUGAUUUCUCAUGGCUGCUGUGCACAAAUAGACAACCUCAUGAACAGGAGAAGUUAAUGCUUACUCAGAUAAUUGCCAGUGACUCUUUACGUAAACUAGGUCGCAAAUGCCAUGAAAUUAGAGCUUUAUACAAUAUACCCCAGUAUUGCGGCUGUCCUCUUAGCAAAGAAGUUGCUCAGAAGCCACUUAAUGGCAUUUCUAAGGAUCUAUUAAGAAGUCUCAUGAAAAAUGAGCCCAUUAACGGGCUUAAGGUGGAAAAGAAAGAGAAAGAUGGGGCAAACACCGACAUGGAUAAGAAGAACGGCUCUGCAAAUGGUGCUGUGAAACAAGAGGAUAAAAAUUCUCCUCUUAGUUGGCUUGCUGAUGUUGUAUUGCAGAAUGAAGAUAAGAAGGAUAUUGGAGAUGAUUUGGGAAGUACUAGUGACUCCGAUGAUGACAAAGAAGGCAAUUACUCUACUCUUCGUGAGCUGCUUAUCCGUCCGUCACACAAGUCCAAUGGAAACGGAAGUCGGUCUGCUUCUCCUUCCAACGCCAAUGCUACUGGGUCCAAUUCUUCGGCAGCCAACUCUCAGAAUAACACGUCCACUAAAGGGUCAAAGAAACUAACCAUGGAUACUUUGGAUGCUGUGAUUUCCAGUGUAAUUGAAAGCAGUGUGCAAAAUGAAAAUACAGAUGAUGCGGGCUCUGACACAAAACCUGUAAUCCUAAAGCACUUUAUAAGACGUUACUAUAGACCCCAGACAGGGCGAGAACCUUUGCCAAUCCGCAUUAUGACUCUGACGGAGAGUCAAGCAUUGUUCCCAGAUGUCCCGCAUUCAUGGUUAUGUGACGGAAAAUUGCUGAGGUUAACAGACCCAAACCAUAAAGGAAACUACAGAAUUUUCCAGGACCAAUGGAAGAGGGGUCAGCCAGUUAUUGUAUCUGAUGUAGCAAAACACUUAGAUAUGAAUUUGUGGCAUCCGGAUUCUUUCUCUCGAGAUUUUGGUGAUGAUAAAAAUGAUCUUGUAAAUUGCAUGACUGGAAACUUAGUUCCCAAUCAGCCAAUGAGAAAAUUCUGGGAAGGUUUUGAAAAUUUUGCUAAGAGGCUUAAGGAUGAAAGAGGGAAUCCCAUGCUCUUGAAGUUGAAGGACUGGCCUCCAGGCGAUGAUUUCGCAGAAAUGUUACCAUCACGUUUCAGUGACCUUAUGAGGGUACUGCCUUUGUCAGAAUACACGCAUCGCACAGGUCGCUUGAAUCUUGCUAGUCGCCUUCCUGAAUGCUUUGUUCGGCCAGAUUUAGGGCCAAAAAUGUACAACGCUUAUGGAUCAGCACUUCAUCCUUCAAAAGGCACCACGAAUCUUCAUUUAGAUAUUUCAGAUGCUGUGAAUGUUAUGGUUUAUGUGGGAAUUCCAAAGGAUGGAGAUUGUGAAGAACUUCAACAAGAAGUUUCUAAAGCAAUUGAAGAUGCACCCUGUGAUUUCCUAACAAAACGACGUGUACGAGAGAAAGAUGAACUUCCUGGGGCUCUGUGGCAUAUAUACAAUGCUAACGAUGCUGACAAGAUUCGUGAUCUGCUCAAUAAGGUGGCUGUGGAGAGAGGUGUUCGUCUAGAACCUCAUCAUGAUCCCAUCCAUGACCAAAGUUGGUACUUAGAUGCUGCACUUCGAGAACGUCUGUACAAAGAGUAUUGUGUGGAGGGUUACGCGAUAGUGCAAUGCCUAGGAGAUGCCGUUUUCAUUCCUGCUGGUGCUCCUCAUCAGGUUCGUAAUCUCCACAACUGCAUUAAGGUGGCAGAAGACUUCGUUUCUCCUGAAAAUGUGUCGCACUGCUUCCAUUUAACCCAAGAGUUUCGUGAACUCUCAGACACACAUUCCAAUCAUGAAGACAAGUUGCAAAUAAAGAACAUUAUAUACCAUGCUGUUAAGGAUUCGCUAUCUGUAUUGACAAAGUUGGCGGGUAUCUAUGAAGAUGCUACAUCGUCUGCGUGUGCGGGUGGUGAAUCAUUAAUGAAUGGCACAAAUUCUGAGGACAAACCUUCUGCAAAUGGUAACAAUGAAGACAGCAAUAAUGGCACAAAUAAUAGUGCCAGUAGUAGUGAAGCAGAAGUGACUGUGACAUGAACCGAAAAGACGGUCAUCAGUUUUAAAUGUGUGUUAUUUGUUUUGCCAGCAAGUGGCAAGAAAUCUCCAAGCGAGGAGAUGACAUGCCUUCUGUAAAUGUUGAGCUAACAGGCAUUUUUUUCUUGUGAUAUCAAGAAGCAUAUGUACUUAGUACAAAUUUGCUCGUUUUGCCGCAAAAGGCUAGAACCCAUUAGUAUGGGUUUUAAUGUUGCACUGAUUUGACUUGUGCUUAGAAAGCCAAACUGAGGCUAUGUAGUGAGGUGGUUGAACAUUUUGCUGGAUUUGUUCAAAUGCAUAGGUUUAUUGCAAACUUUCAAGCAUUUUACCUUGUUCUCAAACUGUGACCCCCACCCUGCCCCAGAAGAAGAGAAAUCUAUGUGAUGCUCUUCCAGAUGUAUUCUGUACUCUUCUGUUGUAGAUAUGGUAUGGAGGACGUUGAACGAUCUCGCUAAAAUGACAUAUGCUGUGACAAUGCAUGAGUGCAAUCCCAGUUUAAUUAUUAAAUGAUUGUCGAAUAUGGGGUUUGUACCCCUUUAUUGUAUAAAUGGCAGCUCGUGCCACGAAUAAAAUGUAUGUUUAUGUACCAAUCGAUAAUUUAAAUGAUUUUACUCUUAACUAUUCCUGUUUAACUGUCAAUGUGUUGUAGAGGAUAAAAGUUUGGGAAGCUAAGGUCUGUGUAGUUUUUUGUAUCAUCCAAAUGUAAGCUUAGAUCAGCAAAGUCAAAGCUGCCUUUUUGCUGCACGCGGGUGGCAUAUUCUUUGUACAAUUGUCUGUUUUUCACUUUUCAGAAACUUGAAUAUUUCUAGGUGGAACAUUUUAAAUUUAAAUAAGUGCCAAUGUGAGAAUGAGGAACCUACAGCUGUCCAAAUGUGACAUUUUAGCAAAUCUAUUAUGAUUUAUUUUCAUUGAAAAUUCAUGUAAUAGGAGCUUUUUAUUUAACCAAAGCUAUAAGGAACUGGGAAAUUAGUUCCUAUGCGAGUCCUAGUAUUACAAUGAUCUUGGUUCUGUAAUUGGGUGAUGGCAUCAUGCAAUAUCCUUGAUCUCAGUUCUUGUGAAGAAAACAACGAUUUGAAAGUGAUUUACAUGUAAUUCUUGUCAAAUCCCCUCCCAGUGAAAAAGUUAAAUGCCUACAUGCUGUGCAUUUGGACCUUUGUGUAUAUGGUGUCAUUGCGUACCAGUAUUUUGUUACUUUUAUGAGUGAUAACUUUGUUCCAGUUCCAUCCUUGUAUAUUUUGCAUAGUCAUACUUGUUUAACUUUUUGUGUAUGCCUCCUGUAUUUUGUCUUUCUGAUCUUGUGAAGAGGGGCAUGUAAUUUAUUGUGCUUCAUUUGAGGGGGGUGUAAUUCAAAUGUUAGUAUUGUACAGUCAAUAGUGUUACGUUUCACCUGUUGUGGCAUUAGUUCACCAACUAUUGAUUACUAGAGACCAUCACUGGUCCAGUCUUUGUACAGUACACUUGUAUUGAUGUUUCUGUCCCCUCUGGGGUCAAGUAAAUUUUUUGUACUGUGUAAAUGUAAGGAGAUAACAGUUUGAAUAAGAAAAUGUUUAUAUUAUGGAAAGUGGCACUUUUCUUUGAUCCAUUUCCUUUUCAUAAUUGUUGUCAAAUGUGUCUAAAACAGGUUGUUCUUUACUUUUAUACUGCCAGAUAAUUUAUAGUGUGGUCCAAAAGUUUUCUUAUGAACGUUCGAUUAAGAGGUACUUUGUUACAAAAGGAUACAAAUAUUCUGCUGAUAGCAUUGAUUAAUUUUGAAACGGCUCUUGAAAAGUGGCUUUACAAGCUUGCUGAAUUGCAAGGAUUGAGGUCCGGGGACAUUGCAGGCCAAAUCACAUUCUUUCACUUUGUGAGUGACUCAAAACAGUUUUUCAGAGAAGUUUUUUUAACUAUUUAGGCUCUGGUGUGUCGAAACUAAUCAUGAAAUAGUUAAAUUGGAAAUGAACGAAGGGAGCAUGCCUCUUUUGACUAGUUUCAAACUGAUUGCAUCUAACUCUUAAAGAAUGUGUGUGUGAAGGAAGAUAAUCUUAUUUAAAGAAUUUGACGAAGCCACUGUGUGAAGUGUGGCUUAUCUUAGAAAUAAUCUGAACAUAGAUAAUUUUUGGACCAUGUUGUGGAUGUUAGAGGUUAACACUGUUUCAUCAGAGAUACUUGUUUGUAUGUAAUUACCUAAUGAAUUGCUCUGUUGGUUACAAAGAAUUCUCUUCCUUUCCCUUCAUAAUCAAGGAAUCGGAAAUGUUUUGCAUGUUCUCAUACACUGUUUAAAUCGUGUAUUUAAUUUAAAACCAUGUGCAGGACAUAUAAGUUAUGCAGGUCAAAAGAACCAAUUUCUAUUUGUUGGUUUUCUUCAUUUAUGAUAUUAAUGUAAUUUGCAUGUCUCUUUUUGGUUAAGGUUGAGAUUGAUGUUAGUUGGCAAGUUAAUGUAAAUCCAUCUUGCUUCACAUUCUUUAUGGGUGUUUCUUGUGAUAUUAGGAUUCUUUCACAAGAAAUAUAUUCGUGUCAACGAAAAGAGGGUUUAUAUUACUCAGAAUUUAUUUCAAGUAGUCUUAUCUUUUGGAAUUUUUUAUCAAUUGUCUCCCUGUACUAUUCAUGUGCUUUUUGACCAGACCUGACAUAAAGUAUUCUUAAAGAACCUUCAUCUUGCAAACAAGUACAUUUGACAUGCAUGAACUAGUUUAAUAUUAUUCCUUUGUUAAAAGUGAGCCUUGUCUAUGUGAAAGAAUGAGGGAAUGAACCCCAUUUUGAAAUCAGCUCAAUAGUAGUGUCUGUAAAUAAAUAAAUAAUGAUAUUCUUUGAGAAAAAAUUCACAAGAAAAGGAAAAUUAAAUAUGAUUUGAUGUUUCAGAACUGUUGCCAGCACUGCAAUAGGUUUGAUUGUUGUAG